AUGGUGUCUCGUGGAAUGUCGGUAGAUGAGUUUGUCAGCAACGACGUUUGGAAGCAAGGUCCUACUUGGUUGGCGUACCCUCAGGCAGCCUGGCCAAUCUCGAAUACAAACACCGUACCUGAGGACGAUUUGGAGGAAAAAACAGUGAUCGUAUCAUCGCAUACUGCCUCCGUUUUGCUGCAAAAAACUCGUGCCAAAGCUAGAACACAACCUCUCGUAGCGCCCCAAGAAAAUGUCAACUCAGAAAUACUUACUGUUGAAGAGCUUGCCCAUGCCAAUACCCUGCUAGUCCGCCUUGUUCAACAUGAUACAUUUAAGCCAGAAGUCAAGGAGCUUCAUCAAGAUGGAAUCAUGCAUCUUUCCCAGCUUCCCUUUCAAUCGAAGCAUCCCACCCUCCUACCUAAAAAUCAUCCGUUGUCCCAGUUGAUCGCUGAAGAUUAUCAUCGCCAGCUGCUCCAUGGCGGCGGGCGUCUGCUUCUAUCAACUAUACGCGAAAAAUACAAGCCGCUCAAUGGAAGAAAUUUGGUUAAAACUGUCGUCAGAAACUGUUUCCGAUGCUCACGCUAUCGUCCGGUGCUUGCGCAACAGCAAAUCGGGCAGCUGCCAGCCUCGCGGGUCAUUCAAAAUCGCCCGUUCUCGAUCACCGGCGUUGACUACGCCGGUCCCCUAUACCUGAAGCCGAUCCACAAGCGGGCCGCCCCCGCAAAGGCUUACCUGGCAGUUAUUGUGUGUUUUACCACCAAGGCGGUCCACUUAGAAUUAGUUGGAGAUUUAUCUACCCAGAGAUUUCUCGCCGCCCUGCGGAGAUUCAUUUCGAGACGGGGUUACUACACCGUUCUGCAUCAGAUCGAAGCUGCCAUGAACUCGCGUCCGCUGCUGCCCAUGUUCGACGACCCCAACGAUCUAGCAGCGCUGACACCGGCGCACUUCCUUAUUGGAACAUCGAUAUCCGCCCUGCCCGACCCAGACUAUCAGCUGCAACCACAAUGUACCCUUGGGAUGUAG